AUGGAUGUCUCGUUAAGGGUGCCACUCGUGGUCGUGCUAUUUGGGAAGCUGAUGAUGGUCGAUGAAGCAGAUGCUGUGGAUGUGCCAUUGCUCGAGCUCGUACCAGUCGUGACAGCAGUAGUAGCAGUCCUGCGACACAAGGUAGAGGAACCUGUCGUCGAUGUAGCGGAAUCCGUCGUCGACGUAGAGGAGGGAGUGCAACCAAUUCCCAGACCCAGAAUACCGCUGCAGUCGGUGGUCGUUGAUGAAGAUGACGCCGAAGUGGUAUAUGUUCCUGCAGAACUUGACGUAGAAGACGAGGAGGUGGGAAGUGGGCAACCAAUUCCAAGUAGCCCAUCACAAGAUGACGUUGUGGUAGAAGAACCAGAGAUCACAGGCGAAGUCGAAGCUAGCUGGCUUGAAGUGGUAGACGACGAGGUGGGAAGUGGGCAACCAAUCCCAAGACCAAGUAGCCCAUCACACGACGAGGCCGUGGUGGAAGCAGCCGAACUGGUGGUGGGAAGUGGACAACCAAUCCCAAGGCCAAGUAGCCCAUCACACGACGACGUCGUGGUGAAAGCAGCCGAACUGAUGGCAGCAGUGCUAGAAGCUACAGGCGCGCUCGAAACUGGUUGGCUUGAAGUGGGAGAUGUGGACGUAGGAAGUGGGCAACCAAUCCCAAGACCAAGUAGGCCAUCACACGACGUGGUGGAAGCAACCGAACUGAUGGCAGCAGAACUAGAAGCUACGGGCGCGCUCGAAACUGGUUGGCUCGAAGUGGGAGAUGACGAGGGAAGUGGGCAACCAAUCCCCAAACCAAGCAGUCCGUCACAAGACGACGCUGUGGUUGAAGCCGCCGAACUGAUGGCAGCAGAACUAGAAGCUACAGGCGUGCUCGAAACUGACGACGUUGAAGCCGCAGAACUGGUGGCAGCAGAACCAGAAGAUACAGCUGCACUCGAAGUAGCCGCACUCGAAGUAAACGCACUCGAAGUAGCCACGCUCGAAGCAGCCGCGCUCGAAACAAGCUGGCUCGAAGUGGGUGAUGACGAGGGAAGUGGGCAACCAAUCCCCAAACCAAGCAGUCCGUCGCAAGACGAGGCCGUGGUAGAAGGAGCCGAACUGGUAGCAGGGGGACCGGAAGUUACAGGCGGGCUCGAAGCUAGCUGGCUUGAAGUGGUAGACGACGAGGUGGGAAGUGGGCAACCAAUCCCCAGACCAAGCAGCCCAUCACAAGAUGACGUUGUAGUAGAUGCUGGGUUGGAGUUGGAUAAUGUGGCAGACGAUGCAGGGGUCGAUGACGAUGAGCUAGACGGGGAAGUGAUAGGCGAGGAAACCCCAUCACAUGACGAGGUGGUCUGUGACGCGGAGGUUGAGGGACUAGAGCUCGUAGUAGGAGUGCCAGUGCCUGUGGACGAGAUUGCCGCGCUGCUGGACGUGGAUGACGUUGGGGGACUCAAGCCAAGUCCGCUUCCAACCCCACUCAAUAUACCACCUAAGAAUUAG